CUUGCUCAUUCUCAAAUCGAUCUAGCCAUGCCUGUAGCUAACAACAAACGUCGAGGCCGCAAGAGAUUCUCCAUUCCAAAUGUGUCUCAGAGGCCAGUCGGUUCCAAACCCAACACAUCGAAAAGAAAAAACCCUUUACCUCCUCAAUACGAGUUCACGCCGGCGCCGGAGGAGCAGAUUCCUCAGCCUGAGUCGCCCCUAGAGCAAGUCCAGCCAGUCCGCGUUUCCCCUCAACUGUCUUCGUCAAGAGCUUCUCAUUUUCGGGACUAUCCACCGCCACAAAGGCUUUUCCAGAGCUCGGUGAAUCAACCACGUGAAGACCAUGGGUUGUCUGAACAAGAAGUCCAGCAGGAACAGCCUCGACAGCAACCUUCUCGGGAUCCUAGACAACAACCUUCUCGACAACAGGAACCUCGACAACAACCUUCUCGGGAUCCUAGACAGCAACCUCCUGAACAAGUGGAUCCUCCAGGAUCUCCACUUCAUCACUCUCAGGGUCAGUCUCAUCCAUCAUCUCAAGGGAAUAAUUUCGAGGAUACUUUAGAACCAAUGUCGCCGGAGCUACAGGAGGACACGGUGAGGGAUCUAAAUGCCUUGCUUCUGGUGCCAAACCGCGAGAAGUUUACCACCGUCCUCUCUCCAACGCCGCUGCCAAACACAACUUGGUUUGACCGCGAUGAAAAAUCAAGACUUGUUAGGAAGAUUACUAAAAUCUUUACUAACAAAUUUGAUGGUCCUUAUUAUAGUUGGACUUGUGUGCCUCGUAAGAGACAAGAAAGAUACUUCCUCGAGUUUGCGAAAACCCACACCUGGGAUCCCUUGAUAACAGGGACAGUUCAAUGGUGGUUCGAGGAAAUCUGUGGACGCCGGAUGAAGGACAUGGCAGAGAAAAUAGCUAAGGUUUAUGAGAAGAAUGUGCAACAGAAGUUGUCUGAGCUGGAGGUAGAGACUGCAUCUGAUUCGGACGGCGCUUCACGACCUCGAGAGCUAACAACAGAUGAAUAUACAGCCAUAUUUCUUCAGUCCACUGAGAAGGAUUCAAGAGGAACUCUCUAUGGAGUUGGCAGCCUCAAGGGAAUUCUUAAAAAUGGCAAGCGCAAGCAACCCGGAGACUCUGCAUCUUUUGUGGCAAUCCAAGAGCAACUGAAGGAAGCUCAAAAAAAAAUCGAAGAGCAGGCUGCUGAAAAUACAAGGCGUGAAAAAGAGCAAAAGGAGAAGCUAUAGCACUUGUCCUUGGUGGAGAAGUACCUCCGACAAACUGAUCCGGCCUUUUUGGACUUCAUGAAGACUCAUUCGGCUGCAGAAACCACAGAGCCUCUCUCAACCGGUCUUCCCCCAACUUCUUGAACUCCUAUCUAUCAGCUUCUUGUUUAGGUUCCUUUUUAAUCUUUCCCCAACUACAUAAACUAAGUUCUUCUCUCAGUUGUUUUAAAGACUUGUUUUUGUUUCGUAUGACUCAACUUUGUUUCUUUUAAAUGAAGUGAAUCUAUGUUU